UUUAAAAAAGUAUAGUCACAUUCACAUACACAUUGACAUCAUCAUGGCAUGGUCAUAUCCAUCCUCAACAUCUUCAUCCAAUACUACUCCUCGAGAAAAACAUGAAGUGUUCAUUAGUUUUAGAAGUGAAGACACAAGAAACACUUUCACAAGCCAUCUUAAUGGUGCUUUGAAAAGAUUAAAUAUAAGAACUUAUAUAGACAACAAUCUUAAUAGUGGUGAUGAAAUUUCAAAUACUCUUGUUAGGGUAAUUGAAGAAGCCGAGCUCUCCGUUAUUGUUUUCUCAAAAAACUAUGCGGCGUCUAAAUGGUGUUUGGAAGAGCUUAUGAAAAUUCUUGAAUGUAAAAAGACAAAAGGGAAAAUGGUUGUGCCUAUUUUUUAUGAUGUUGAUCCUUCUAAUGUUAGGAACCAAAGGGAAAGCUAUGCUGAGGCUUUUGCUAAACAUGAGAAGAACUUUGAGGAUAAGAUGAAGGUGCAAGAGUGGAGGAAUAGUCUGCUUGAAGCUGCUAACUAUUCUGGUUGGGAUUGCAAUGUUAAUAGGACAGAAUUGGAAAUAGUUGAGGAAAUUGCUAUGGAUGUACUUAUCAAGCUGAAUCAUGUACAUGUUAACGACCUAGAUCAUCAGAUUGCUAAGUUAGAGCAACUUGCAAAGCUCCAAUAUGGAUUCUUUGAAAGCACACUUAAUGUUGCAGAUUUGCAAAAGCAUAAAGCUACUGUUCGACGAAUCACAGAACUUAAUAUGGAGAGAAGUCUUCGCUUGCUUCGCUUGACACCGGAUUUGCUUUCGCAUUUGGAACCAAAUGAUAACAACAGAUUUGGAUUUUAAAAUUUAUGACAACUGAAAUGAUCAAUUGUUGUUUAUUAGUUAUAUGAAGUUUGAUUUUGAUGAGCAUGGUUGAUGAGAUUUCUUAAUAAAGUGAGUACAUGAAUUUAUGGUUGAUGAGUAAAUUUAUUAGUUAUAUGAAGUUUGAUUUUUGUAUGAAA